AUGGCUGGUGGAUCGAGGAGUAGAGUCGAACGAAAUGAAAUGAAUGACAUCAUAGUUAGACAAUUGAAUGAUGCCAUGCCUGAAAUAAUUGCUCAGGUCAUUGCAAAGGUUAAUGCGACCCUCAACAGGAACAAUGAAAAUGGCAAUAAUAACAUCGAUAACAAUGCUCAAGGUUGCAGUUACGAUACUUUUAUGACUUGGGACCCGAAGGAAUAUUAUGGCACGGAAGGUGCUGAAGAACUACUUCUUUGUUUUAUAAGUAUGGAGAUGAAAUUCUACAAUAGUGAGUGUGCUGAAGAGCACAAGGUGGAGUACGCAUCAAAACAGUUUCGGAAGCAAGCAUCGGAGUGGUGGGAUAAUUUGAUCCAGACUCGUGGGCUUACAGCUGCUUAUCGUCUUACAUGGGAUGAACUGAAAGAGUUGUUGAAGAAAGAAUAUUACCCAACAAAGGCCGUACAACAAUUUGAGAGGGAGUUUUUGUACCAUACCAUGAAGGGAACUGAUAUAGAUGCAUACACUAGUCGAUUUUAUAAGCUUUUGUUAUUGGUGCCACAUAUGGCCCAAUCUGAAGAGCGACGAAUAGAGAGCUAUACUUGGGGAUUAGUGCCUGAGAUCAGAAUGUAUCUCAUCAUAGGUAAACACACUACUCUUCAGGAUGCGGUCAACACGGCCAAAUCUAUCAAUGACUUGAUCGGAAUAGAGAAAGAUAAGUACGUUGAAAAGAGGAAGACAGUGAAUCGAUCAAGGAAUAUGGACCACAACAAGAUUAACAAGAAACGGAAAACUUUGAGAACUUAUGGAAUCAUGGCAUCUGGACCGAGGAAGUACAAUGGACCUUACCCAAAGUGUUAUAGGUGUUAUCUACACCACAUAGGUGAUUGCCCACUCUGUGACAAAUGCAAGCAGCCGGGUCAUUUUGCUAAGCGAUGCAAGAAUGAAGCUGUAAAUGAUAGUUUUAGAAAGAAAUGUUUUGGAUGUGGAAGUCAAGAGCAUCUCCAGAAUGUCUGUCCAAGAUUGAAUGGAGCGCUGAACAAUAAUGUUAGGAAUCGGUAA